AAACUUUCUGGAGGCGAAAAACGAAAACUAUGCUUAGCGAUGGCUUUUAUUGGCGGAAGUGAGUUAGUUCUACUAGACGAGCCAACGGCCGGUAUGGAUCCUCAUUCUAGAUUUAUUGUUAAAAAAUUCGUAGAGCGGAAGAAAAAGACAAGGCAAGGAAGUCCAAUUAUCCUUACCACGCACUACCUAGACGAAGCUGAAGUGAUGGGAGACUGGAUGUAUAUAAUGUACAUGGGACGCUCUAUAUGUAGUGGAUCUCCUUAUUUUCUGAAAUCAAAGUUCGCUCCAGGAAUUAUACUUAGUGUAGUCUUCGCACAAAAUGCUUCGAAAAAGUCUGUAGAGUCAACAAAGAAGAUCAUUGCUGAGCAGAUAGAAGGUGUAAAAACGGGAGUGAUGACUGGAGCGCAACUUCAUUUCGAAAUUCCUAAAGCUAAGCAAGAGAGAAUUCCAAAAUUGUUUGCAAGUCUUGAAAGUGAACAACAAAAGUUGCAAAUUGAUAGUUUUGGUUUGUCACUCAACGCUUUGGAGGAGGCUUUCUUGAAAAUCGCUGAUAUUACAGAGACUAAGAGGGAGAAAAAACCCACAACUUUCAUACAAAAUCCACGUUAUGCGGAACUGCAUGAAGGUUGA